CCAGGGCCAACUGGGAGCCGAAGAUUGUGGGGCGCGAAGCGCGUUCUCGCGGGCAGUUGAGCAGGGCGGGAGAGUGAGCGCAAGAAGAAACGGGAUCCGAGCGCGUGCGGACUCGCUCUCCGAGAGGUCUCUGCUUGACGCGUCGCCAUGUCCGAGGAGAAGCCCAAGGAAGGAGUAAAAACAGAAAAUGACCAUAUCAAUUUAAAAGUAGCUGGUCAAGAUGGAUCAGUGGUCCAGUUUAAAAUAAAAAGGCACACACCGUUGAGUAAACUGAUGAAGGCUUAUUGUGAAAGACAGGGUUUGUCAAUGAGACAAAUUAGGUUCAGAUUUGAUGGACAACCAAUUAAUGAAACAGACACACCUGCACAGUUGGAGAUGGAAGAUGAAGAUACUAUUGAUGUAUUUCAGCAGCAGACGGGUGGCAUGUGGUAGACAUCCUGUCCUUGGGGGAAGAGGAAUGUAAAAUGUCACUCACUUUAUCAUCUGUCCUUGGAUUUGCUAUUAAAUAGUAAACAAAUGAACAUGCCAAUCAUACAGGAAUCUUCUCACGUUCUGAGGACACUUACCCAAAUUCUUUUCCUGUCCCUGAUAUACUGCGUGUGCAAGUCGAAGCUCUGUCUGUGGAAAAUAAGUGCAUCAUAAAACGGGCCCAGUCAAAAUUAAAUUUUCAGAUAAGUAAAAUACUGGCUGUUGUCUACUGUCAUCUUGUUCUUAUAAAUCUGUGGCCUGAAUACCCACCUACUGUAAAACAAGAAGUCUUUAGUCUGGCUUUUGUUGUUUUUGUUUUACAGCUUGAUUAUGGUAAUGUAAAUAUUGAAAUAUUUUUUCCUUAAACUAGUAAAUUUCUUCUCAGAAAAUGUGGCUUAUGAAAGAAGAAAAGGGUUUUACCAUUAAAUGCAGUUAUUUUAAAGCUGCUAAUGGGAUAUGCGGAAAGGACAGUACUUGCAGACACAUUGCUGAUUAUAGUGGCAGUUUACAGUAAUGCAAAUGUACAUGUGCUUUUUCAUAAUAAAAUAGCAUAGAAUCAAUCAAUUUUUUUUAAAGUAAUGGAAUGUCUUCAGUUUGUCAGCAGCUGUAGCACUUGGCAUUUGUUAACUAUCACCUACCCAGGGCUAAGCACCAGUGUAUUUGGUAAAAUGUUUAAAGAAUGGACCAUAACUCACUUGGAAGGUCUGCUGUGCAAGUCUUGUUCAUUUUAAUGGAAUUUAUGCAGGACAGAUUAUUCGUGGCUAGUUCCCAAUGACUUCUUAUUACUGAUUUAUUGGGUUAUUAAUAAAAAUGUGUACUUUAUUUCCACUAUCUGUUUUGAAAUCUGAACUUGUAGGUUUUUCCCCCACCCUUAUUUGUUACAUUAAAGAACAUGAACUGGGAUUCAGAAGGUUGUGCAUACUGUUUGUGUGCACAGGGUUUUUCUGGCCCCACCCUCAAACUGCAGCUCUUCAUUCCCUCCCACACACCCUUUCUAAGGGUGAAGAGGAUCCCCUCCAGAUUUGCGAUGCAGUGGUAGGAGAAGUAGCUGAUGUGGGAGAUAAGGGAUUGUGUGACGUACAUGCGUAUACAAUCUGUAGUGCAGAAUUGUUUUCUAUUUACACAUAGUUUGCUUGGAUUUGGAGGUUCUAAAAGGACUUUCAAGUUCAAAUAUGUAGAUUUACCACUGAGACAUUCUUGAACACCAAACAUGAAUAAUGUAGCUUUCUGAAAAGUUUUAAAGUUUCAAAUGCAAUCUUGUGACAGCCAGCUUCUGACUAUUUUGGAUAUGCUUUAAAUGACAUAAGAUCAUUCUGUUGACUUUCAAUAGGUUAUUCACUGCUGCUUCAGAAGGGUCACUUUUCUGCCUUUUAAAUCUACCUGCCCAUGUUAGAUCACCUACUUGCAGGACAUUCUGCUGGAAAAGUAUUUUCUCGUUUGAUUGUAUCUGGGCUAGGGAGAGAUGUUUUCUUAAAUCUGUCAUUGUUUAUUCACCAAUUUGUACUAUAUUUGUGGUCCUUUACUACUGUAUACAGUAAAUAUAGUUUGGUACUCUGUCUCUUGGCUUAUGCUUAAUGCUGCUGCAUUUCAUAUGACUGUACUCAAAGCUAUAUCACUGAAAUGCUGACAACAUAUUCAUAUGUACAUCUUUAUUAAAAUUCUUUUAUUGAGAGUGAA